GUACGGAAGGACACGGGGAAGAAGAGCCUUUACAGCACCCUCCAGCCUUUACAGCACCCUCCGGACGGGGCUGGCCGGGAGCCGGGGCUCUCGGACGGGGCUGGCAGGGAGCCGGGGCUGGCAGGGAGCCGGGGCUCUCGGUAGGGACCAGCCGGCCCCGGGGCUCUCGGUAGGGACUGGCCGGCCCCAGGGCUCUCGGACUGGGCUGGCAGGGAGCCGGGGCUCUCAGUAGGGACUGGCCGGCCCCGGGGCCCUCGGACGGGGCUGGCCGGCCCCGGGGCUCUCGGGCCCGGCUGCUGGGCGCUCGGAGCUGGCUCGCCCCGCGGAGCAGCGCCCCAGCCCCGGUGCAGCAUGCCGGCGCAGCAGAAGAAGCUGCUGUUCUGCACAGCCGGCGUGCUGAGCCUGGCCUGCGCGCUGGGCGCGGCGGCGGCCGUGGGCAGCCAGCUCUGGGUGAGGGGCACGACCCUGUGCAGCACCGGAGCGCUGCUCGUCAACGCCAGCGGCCCCGAGCUGCACAAGUUCAUCGGCCACAUCCAGUACGGGCUCUUCUCCGGGCAGCGAGUGCGGCAGUGCGGGCUCGGGGGCAGACCCCUGCAGUUCUCAUUUUUUCCAGAUUUGCUCAGAAUCAUCCCUGCAAGUAUCCACGUCAGUGUCAUUGUCUUCUGCACAGUGCUGAUUGUCUUUGCCCUGGUGGGCGCAGGGUUCUUCAUGUUCAAUGCCUUUGGCAGCCCCUACGAGACGCUGCACGGCCCUGUGGGGCUGUACCUGUGGAGCUUCAUCUCCUGUUCCUGUGGUUGCCUCAUCAUGAUUCUCUUCUCCUCAGAGGUGAAGAUCCACCACCUUUCAGAGAAAAUUGCUAAUUUCAAAGAGGGAACUUUUACAUUCAAGACUCACAGUGAGCAGUUUGCAAAUUCCUUCUGGACCAUCCUGGUUUGCUCCCUGGUGCACUUCCUCAAUGCCCUGCUAAUCCGAUUUGCUGGAUUUGAAUUUCCCUUUUCAAAGUCAAAAGAUUUGGGAACAACCACAGGAGCAGUUGACUUGAUGUAUUAAAAUGAUGGGAUUUAAGAACAUUUCAAGCAGAGAAAUUUGUCACUAUUACAUCAACAACCACCAGAUGUACCAACUUGUGAAUGAUUGCUCUAGGGAAGGUAAAAAAAGGGAAGUUUCAAAUAAGUGUUAAUAUGGUGUAAGCAGUGAACAAAAGAAGAUGUGCUGUAUGGUAAUGUCUGGAUGGAAAAGCCCUCUUUCUUGGAGUAAGGUCUUAAGACAGUUUUUUUUCUGCAAACUGUUUAAAAAGUGGCUGGUGUGAAGAAAAACAGGAAUCUCAGUAGCAUUGCACUGAAUCUGGAAAGCCCAAUCAAUGGGCUGCAGGAGAAGCACGCAGUCACCAGCAGCAGCUCUGCCCUUCAGCCCUGGUGAAGGCAAGGAUGCAGCCUGACCACGUCAGAGCAGCAGGGCCCAAGGACACCCAGCAAGGGACAGGACAGCGCCCAGGCCCUGCCCCAGCACCCCUCAGACUCCAGCUCAGAGGGCACAGCCCAACCACCUGCACUUUGAUCUGGCUUCACAUGCAUGGCAACAGCAUCAUUUCUCUCCAUGAAACUCUCUGGGUUUUUUGCUUUUAACAACCCAAACUCUGCUCCAAACUCGAAGUCCUGGGAGCCCUCGUUUCCCCAGCAGCUGCUGCAGCUUGGCACAAAGCUGGCACAGCACAGCAGCUGCAGGGGAGAUGCCCCAUGUUCCUGCUUCCCUGAGGGAGGCAGCCAGGCUUGGCAGAGCUGAACAAACCCCCUGCAGCUCACCAGGAAAAGGGCAUUUCCCAGGGCAGAGCCACGGGAGUGAGCCCAGGUACCUCCACCUUCCACUGCCCCUCCAGAGAACAGCCCUGCAAGUUUUCAUCAAACAAUACCAACAAACCCCGUCAGAACCCCGGUGAAGGGCAGCAAUAACACAGCAGACAGGCUCCCGUGCAGGCUGCAGCUCAGCAGGGCUGAGGAACAAACACAGGGAAGCCAGAGCAGAUGGACACCUCAGCCCUCACCCCUGGACAUCCCCAAGUCAGCUAAAGCAAGAGCUGCUUCCCCAGGCAGAGCACCAUACACCAAACCCUGCCUCUCUGGGGUUACCUGGGUGCCUUGGAGAUGCGCAGCUCCUCACAGGACACAGCCACAGCCUUCAGAAGAAGCAGAGGCAGAGAGCCCCUGCCCCAUUUAUCCGCAGGGGCUGUGCCCAGCUGUGGGUGAGGAGCAAUCCCUGCCAGCUGGGGUGAGAGCAGUCCCAGCCAGCACCCACCCAGUGCCCAGCCACAGAGCAGACACAGGUACCAGAGCCCUCUGUGCCUCAGCACCUACCAGCCCACAAGGCCUUACUGACUUUGAUGUGAUUUUUGUGUUUUUACUGUGAAAGGCAAAACACUGCCGGGUUGUGGCAAAGGUUUGUCAGCUGCAUCUUUCCCAAGGUAGCUCUGCCCCCACAUCUCCCUGGAUUUUAUCAGCGUGGAAGGGCUUCUACAAGUCAGCACAACUCCCAGCUUUUUUCAUAAUUUUCUUCAUAAUCUAUAUGCGUAUUCCUCCUAAUGUUAAUGUAUGUUCUUAAAGCAUCAUUUGUAUUGCAUCUCAUUUUUUAUUGUAGUAUUGUUUACUACACAGCAAACCCAAACACAUUCCUUUACUGUGCAGACAAGAGGAGCCCCAGCCUGGGGUCUGGGAGUCCUCACAGGGGUCCCUGUGCCCAAAGCCCACCCCCACAUCCCACCCUGCACCCCAGCAUCAGCCCAGCUACUC